AUGGGUAUCAAAAAGAUGUUCCUGAGGAAGGAACCAACCGAAGCCGAGAUCCGUAACCACUUAACCCAUGCGGGAAUCACCACCAAGGGCGGAUCGGGUCGGGAGGAAAAGUUUGGUGCCUUCAGACAGUACGCCCAGGAAAGAAACACAGGCAAGCCUGGCAUCGCUCCCGUCAACCCUUACGCCAGCGCUAACAUGGGCGACAACGGCACCAAUCCCUACUCUCAGGACCAGCAAGCUCAGGGCGGAAAUCCAUACGGUGGAGGUGCUGACGCUGGCAACCCCUAUGGUACCCAGAGCCAGAACAGCCUGCCCUACGGUUCCGGCAGUUCGAACGGCCAGAACCCGUAUGAGACGGCCACAAGGUCAUCUCAGAGCCCCUAUGGAGCUCCCACAGCAAGACAGAACCCCUAUGAUGCACCAAAAGCAAGACAAAACCAGCCCUCGUCGAGGACCAACACCUCGCAAGGUAAUCCAUAUGCUUCCGCAAGAACACCAGGCGCUGGAUCGGCACCCAGUCCAUACGGACGUACCACAUCCAGAACAAGACCCGCAGACGACGAGGAAUCGCUUGAUUUGAAUAGAAUGCCCACCAACCUCGAUGUCGGACUGACUAGGCUUGCCAGGAGACCCCAGCACGACGACGAGUCGACGCUCGACCUCAACGAAGACCCAGAAGAUGACCUCAACCUUAACCUCGACGAGUUGCCGGAAGAAGAGCAGGUCAACUCCGAGGACGAAGAAGUGGAAUCCAUCAAACAAGACAUUCGCUUCGUCAAGCAGGAGUCGUUGGCACUGACCAGAAAUACCUUGAGAAUGGCACAGGAGGCUGACGCUUCGGGUACCAAUACCUUGGGUAUGUUGGGAUCACAGUCGGAAAGAUUAUACAACGCCGAACAGAACUUGCUCUUGGCAGACACCCAAACUCAGAUCGCCGAUGCCAAGGUCAAGGAGUUGAAGAGAUUGAACCGGUCUAUUUUCGUGCCGGCCUACGGUAAUCCCUUCAAUAAGAAGUCCCGUUUGCGUCAACAGGAAGAACAAAUCAAGACGUCCAAGGCCCAGGAGAAGUACAUGAGAGAAACUAAUAGACAGGAGAUGUAUGCCAGUGAGCAGAGACUCAAGCAAGGAAUCACCAAUAAUGCCACCAACAACGAGACCCAUCAAAAGUACCAGGGAGAGCGUGAUUUGGCAGCCGCCAGAAGAUACCAGUUCGAGAACGAUUCAGAAGACGACGAAAUGGAGAAGGAGUUGGCCGGCAACUUGGAUCAAAUCCAUCUCUUUGCCAAGAAGUUGAAAAACACUGCCAACACCAUGGGAGAAGAGGUGGACAGUCAGAACGUCAGAUUGAAGAAAAUUGAGGAUGACGCCGAUAGAUUGGAUAUCAAUGUUCAUAUGAACAACACCAGAUUAGCCAACAUUAGAUAA